UGACUAGCCAGGGGUGUGACUAGCAGGAGGGGAGCAGAGGUGGGUGACAGGUGACAGCACCAGACCUCGGUUCUUUUGUUUUCGGCCUCCCCAGGUGGACGCAGACCAGCCACGAGCCGCAAGGGGAGACCAGCCUGGCUCUGUUCAGGGCUUGCGACCCAGACUUGCUGCCCUGGCGGGAGUGGGUGGCGCCCCGGCGAGGGGUGCCAGGAAUGGGGCCCGCCAGCUGGCUGGGGCUCUCCUGCGGCCGCAGCCGCCCUCCCCUGGGUCCAUGGCAGCGGCGUCCUUCGCCCCGUUGCAGGCGGAGCGGCUGCGGCACCUGGGUGCGCUGGGCCACGGGCGGCGCCGGCGGGGAGCGCUCCGAGCAGCCGAGCCGGCCGGGCAGCGAGGAGCUGCUGACGGCGGCGGAGAAGCGGAUCGUGGCGCUGCACCGGGAGGCCUGCGCGGCUGGCCUGCAAAACUAUGUGGAUCCAGUUACUGGCUAUUUAGUGUUCACCAAAGUUGCCCACUUGCAGAGAGGUAAAUGCUGUGGUUCUGCAUGCAGACAUUGUCCAUAUGAUCAAGCUAACGUAAAAGACCCGUCCAAAAAGAAGCGGUUCAAUUCAUUUUUUUAUACUUGACGAUCAGUGCAUUUGCCAUCUACGAUGGAGACUGCAGAAACCUAAGCCAGGAUCAGUUCUUUGUGGCUUCGAGUGCAUGAAUAUUGGCAUUCCUUUUAUCGAUGCUGGGUUAUUUGAAUACAUUUCAAUUGUAAUAAAAAACAAGCUAAACCGUG